AUGGCGGGAGAAAGGGUGCUGAAGGCUCGCGCAGCACUGAAGAAAAAGAACAGCGGAUCUUCGACAGAGAUGGCGUGUUGGCGGUGCGGUGAAAGGGGACAUCGAAAAGAUGAGUGCACAAGCCACAGCGACAACGCCUGCAGGAAGAAAGAGCGUGCACAAAGGUCCAGGUGUGCUCGCGCUGAAGAUCACGGCGGUGGUGGCAACGGCAGCGGCAGUGGUACCAGCAACAGCAGCGGCGGUGGCAGUAGCAGAGGCGGCGGCAGCAGCGGUGGUAGCAGUGGCGGUCGGGCAGCGAAUGGUGGACGGAUCGAGGCGCGGGGACCCGCGAGAGACGACUUCACAUUCCGGGCAGAGACCGAGGUCACCUGCAAGCCAGCGCAGCAGCGGCAGAUUGAGGGAAAAGGGCUGAUCGUCGACACUGGCGCGACAUCCCACAUGCUGAACGACAGGAGCCGGUUCAAGUCCUUCGACAGCACAUUCAAGCCGGAGAGCCACAGCAUGGAGCUGGCCGACGGGAGGCGGACAUUCGGGUUGGCGGAAGGCAGAGGAGACGCACAGGUGUGUCUCACCGACAGCGACGGACGAACAUGUACAGUGACUCUCAAGAACGCCCUGUACAUCCCUUCGUUCCCACAAGAACUCUUCUCCGUGAAGUGUGCCACUGCACACGGUGCCAAGGUACUCUUCGAGGAAGGUAACGAUGUUCUUGUAGCGCCUGAUGGUGCAAGGUUUAGCAUUCAAGUGUGUGACAGAAUGUAUUACUUGCAAACCAAGUGUGAUGACAAUGAUGUGUGCAAUGUUAGCCAUGAUAUUCAAACCUGGCAUGAAAUUAUGGGGCAUUGUAACUAUGAUGACAUACUGAAACUGCAGGAUGUAACCCUAGGCAUGCACAUUAAGGGUGCAAAGCGUAAGCCUGAAAAGGAAUGUCAUGUGUGCAUAGAGGGGAAGUUUACUCGGACGAGAAACAGAAAUGCAACAGACAAGGUGAAAACACCACUGGAGUUGGUAAACACUGAUCUAGCUGGUCCAGUGACCAAUGGUUCAAUCGAGGGUUACAGGUACAUGCAAUCUUUCACAGAUGUGUACACAGGAGUAGUAUUCACAUACUUCCUCAAAGCAAAGAGUGAUGCCGUACUGGCUACUGAAAAGUUCUUGGCUGACAUAGCGCCUUAUGGCAGUGUGAAAUGCAUCCGGUCAGACAACGGGACCGAGUUCACAAGCAGAGAGUUUAAGACACUCCUGCGAAAGAACAAGAUCAGACAAGAGACGUCCUGUCCUUACUCCCCACACCAGAAUGGGAUAGCUGAGAGGGAAGGGUGCACUCUCUUUGAGAUGGCAAGGUGUAAGCUCAUUGACAGCAACUUACCUAAGAGUCUAUGGCAUUACGCCGUUCAGGAAGCAGCAUACACCAGAAACCGAUGCUUUAACAAGCACAUAGGCACAACACCAUACACACUGCACUGACAGGGAAGAAGUGUGAUCUAGCCAACAUGCACAAAUUCGGGUCAGAGUGUUAUGCGUACAUACAAGAAAAGGGUAAACUAGAUCCCAGGUGUGAGAAGGGUCUUUUCGUAGGGCACGACAAAGGCAGCCCAGCCUAUCUAGUUCACUACCCCACCAAAGGUAAAGUGCAGAAGCACAGACUGGUCAAGUUUAUCACUAAGACCACAUGUGACAGCGAGACUCAGACUCAGGACUUAGGACUUGACCCCAUUGUAAAUAGUGACAAGACCGACGCACCACAGCCCAGUGCUCAGAGCACACACGUACAGACUGACAGUCCACAAUCCCCAGAGGAUGAUGGCGAGGAGCACCAAAAGGUGACGCCACAGGCCCCAAGCAGUGGGAGGUACCCCACUAGAGAGCGUAAGCCCCCAAGUUAUCUCUGUGAUUAUGCUACUGAGGAUGAUAGUGGUGAUGAUGAUAGCACACUCACCAGUGUUGACUAUUGCUACCGAGCAGUGUGCGGUGUGCCACUGACCUUUAAGCAGGCUAUGACAUCAUCACAAGCAGGUAAAUGGGAGAGGGCAAUGGACGAGGAGAUGCAGUCAUUGGAGGAGAACCAGACCUUUACCCUGACAAAAUUGCCAGAGGGCAGAAAGACAGUGGGAGGUAGGUGGGUAUACUCAAUUAAAGAGGGUGGUGAUGGGUGUGAGCAGUACAAGGCCAGAUUUGUGGCGAAGGGGUAUAGCCAGAGAGAGGGGAUAGAUUAUGGUGAGACAUUCUCCCCCACGGCAAAUAUGACCAGUGUGCGUGUAGUCAUGCAAAAGGCAGCACAAGAGAACUUGGUACUACACCAAAUGGAUGUAAAAACGGCGUAUCUACACGCACCCAUUGACCGAGAAAUGUACAUGGAACAACCUGAAGGGUAUGGAUUCCUAUGAAUAUGUUCCAACUGUUGUUCAUGAGGAUAACCAGGGCACUAUUGCACUUGUGAAGAACCCUGUGUGCAGACAAAGGUGCAAACAUGUUGACAUCAAGUAUCACUUCAUAAGGUCAACCAUUAAAGAUGGGAAGAUGACACUUGUUUAUUGUCCAACAGAUGAGAUGGUAGCAGAUGCUAUGACCAAGCCUGUCUCAAAGGUUAAACUGAGGAAAUUUUCAGAAGUCAUGUUUGGUGUAAGCAUCUAAUGAAUAGUAAAUAUGUUUUUGAUUUAAUUCUGUAUUUGUUUAUUCUGAUUGUUAAAAGCUGUACAGGAUACAGGUCACUCAUAAGUGGGAGUGUUGACAUAAGUAUGUAUGAUUGAUUGUGAUGUAUUCUGUACUGUAUAUCUGUUCCACACCACAAGGGGGCGUUAUCAGUUUGAUAAGAGAUGUGAUAUGAUUGGUGACGUCAUGCCCCCUAUAAAUAUGAAUGUUCUGGACUUGAUCAUUCUCUUGGCCCGCUCCCAACAUGAAGGCUGGAAGAGCAGUUUAGUUAUUUACUACAAAAUAAAUAUGCCUUGAGGCUGAAGAGUAAAACUCGUCUCGUCUACUUUUCUGUUGUUGCACUGUUGGACUCCUGCUGUGCUAGUAGUGCUCCUGCUAA